CCCAAUAAAUAAUUUUACUCAAAGUCUUUGGGGCUUCAGAAAAGUUUGACGAACACUGAGUUGCAGCAAAGAAGAAUGUGAACACGCGGACUGAAUCACCAACAUUCAUAAACACAACAUGGAGCUGAGGGACUCCUCUGCCUACAAACCCACAGUAGAAAAUGUUGUUGAAAGAGAAGGAAACAAGACAGCUCGUAGAGAUUUUAGGUCCCAGGUCACAGUUGUCUCUGCAUGUCUCCUGGUGGGCAUCUCCUUCGGCAUGUCCCUAGGGCACUCGGCGGUUCUGCUGCCCCGGCUCCAGGCAGCCAACAGCAGCCUCUACGUAGACGAAGAUACCACCUCUUGGAUAAUUAGCCUGAAUGCAGGGGCAGGUCCGCUCGGCUGUCUUAUAGGGGGAACAAUGAUUGAUCACUGGGGACGCCGAAAGAUAUGUUUCUUGGCAAAUAUAGGAUUGUUCCUCGGAGGUUUGCUUGUCUGUCUGGCCCAAAGAGUACCCAUGCUCAUGUCCGGGAAAACCAUCGAGGGGUUCUUCAGAAGCAUGGUUGCCACUUCUCUGACGGUGCUCGCUGAUGAACUGGCUGACCCAAAGUUCAGAGGCUUCACCGUAUGCAUCGUAAUAACAUUUGGGUCCAUUGGGGUAAUGGCGAUCACCAGCCUGGGUACCUUAUGGCCCUGGCGCAGGGCCGCUUGGGUCACCACCACAGUUUUCCUUCUUUCUGUGCUGCCGUUGGUGCUUGUGUCAGAAAGCCCUUCCUGGCUCGCGAGGAAGGGAAGACUAGAGGAAGCAGCGCGAAGUUUGAAAUGGCUGUGGGGUCCAGGGCGAGAGAUGGAGGCAGAAGAAGAUCUGGCGUUUCUGAUAAGCCGAAACAAUUCAACGCACCGACAGAGCCGAAGCCAUCAAGGAUUUCUGAAGAGCUGCAGAGAAUUCUUCACGUCUCGCAUACUCAAGCCCUUCUUCAUUCUUCAUUUCUUCAACACAAUUCAAAUAUUCUGUGGUUUCGGCAUCUUCACGUUUUACGCAGUCGACAUUUUAUUGAAGAUCAGGGAAGCUGGUGAUAAGGAAAACAGCAUGGACGAAAAUUUCAGCGCGGUGAUAAUGUCAUUUGUGCGAAUUGUGGGCAAUGCUACGGCCACCUUACUGAUGAUUCGAGUAGGCCGCAGACCCUUAGCACUAAUAUCGGGAGUAGGGAUCACUAUGUCAGCACUAACGCUCGGCGUGGUGUUGAUUCUCCAGUCAAUACAAAAUAUUUCCUUUGGGUCUGACUGGUUGACCCUGACUCUGACUGUUUUAUUCAUUUGGUUCCACUCUUUUGGUUUCAAUCAGUUAACAAUUCUGAUGAUAGGCGAAACCCAAGCAGCGCAUGUCAGAGGGUUCGCGUGUGGUUACAUUUAUACUAUAAACGAUAUUGUUUUGGGAGGCACUUUAAAGUUCUACCAUUCCUUAUUGCGUAAUUUACAAAUACACGGAUUAUUUCUGAUGUUCGGGAUAUCGUGCCUAAUUUGCACGAUAUUUGUGUAUUUCUUCCUUCCUGAAACUCAAGGGAGAACACUGGAACAAAUUGAAGAUUAUUUCCGACAGCCCAACGUGAUGUGGGUGACAAGAAAGAAAAGUACUCAGUCUGAAAGAACCUGUGAACAAAGCACAACAGAGGUAACUACCGCAUUAGAUAAGUAAAGUAGGAACCAGUUAAUUUAUCUGAUCAGAAACGUAUUGUUACGUGUAUGAGUGGCUCUCGAGGGAGGUUUGGAUUGGAUAUUGGAUUUAUUGAUCACUUUAACACACAA